AGAAAAAAACGAAAAACCAGUCAUGGACUACGUAAAAUUCGAGUUGAAUCUUCAAUCAGCUAGCAAUCUUCAAAACAUACGACGACUAUUUGGGAGGAUGAAAGUUUACGCAACGGUUACAGUUAAGGCCCACUGCACUAAAACUCCGGUCGACAUGACCGGCGGUACUAAUCCUGUAUGGGAAUUUCAGGCCAAGUUCCUCAUACCCAAAUCGUCCCUCCGUCCGCAAGAUGACACCAUGCUUACCAUCAGGUUAUAUUAUAAGCGGUCUCGCGGCGGCGAUGGGUAUAUCGGUGAGGUUAGGGUUCCGCUGAAGGAACUUUUUCAACGUUCAAAUCAAGGUCGUGAUGAAGUAUUUGAGACGCGCGUUGUUGCAGAUCCAAUGCAACAACUUAAUUUUUCAUAUAAGUUUACAAGGUUGACCAACACAGAGACUACGGGUUCUGACUGGAUGAUGAGAUUCGCGAAGCUUGGCUGGAUAAUUGUGCAAAUUGUACUUGCGACUGCGAUUUAGGUCGGUACUCGUAGUUCUUGUUGUGAACUUAAGGUUUGGGAUUUUAACUUUCUUAAAUUCAAAUAGGAUCUGAAGUGUAAUAAUAAAAUCUGAAUCCGAUGAAGAAGAUUGACUUGUCUUCUUGGUUCUCGACUUUGGUUUGCUUUUGUGCGGUUGGCGUUUCUUGUACUUUUUUUGUCUUACCUCCCAGAAAAUGGUUGAUCUUAUCUGGGUUUGUACAACAUAUUACUUAGGUUGUUUGAGAAUGAUAGAAUUUUGGG